UGAUGAACUUUCUACAUCGAGUACUCACUUUUCGUCUUGUUAUUUUCUGCAUUAUGAUCAUAUUUCAUAUCAACUGUUAUUCUCUUGAAUGUUUCUAUAAAUAGACUCUAUGCAGCUAAUGAAAUAACACUUCCGAUUGAAUCAGAUGGCUUCCUUACUUCAUGUAUCAGGAUGUUUGUAUGUUCUCAAGAACAUACUGAUCUCUUCUCUUUUGUUUUUUAAUAGUUUAGUCUACCCAAGUCCAGCAAUGAGUUUCCUAGCAUGUACAAAUAAUACUGUUCCCUGCUUGCCAGGGAAACCUGUUACAGAUUAUUUCAAAACCUUGAAGUUUUCAGAUGGCUAUUCUAAUCUUUGGGGUCCUCAGCAUCAACAUGUUUCUCAAGACCAGUCGACUGUGACCCUUCUAUUGGAUAGAUACUCGGGUAGUGGGUUUAAGUCAAAAGAGGCUUACAUGUAUGGUUUUUUCAAUGCUGCUAUAAAACUUCAGGCAGGCUACACUGCAGGAGUGCUUACUUCAUUCUAUCUGUCAAACAAUGAGGUCUACACAGGGAAACACGACGAAGUAGACAUGGAGUUUUUGGGAACAAUACCUGGAGAGCCUUAUAAACUGCAGACCAAUGUGUAUGGAAAUGGUACUGGAGAUGGACCCCAUCUCAUAGGCAGAGAACAGCAGUUUCAUCUCUGGUUCGAUCCAACACAGGAUUUCCAUAACUACAGCAUCCUCUGGACACCUCAUCACAUCCUAUUUUUUGUGGACAGUAUUCCCAUAAGGAGGUUUCCAAAAGUGCCGAGCCUUGGAGGGACAUAUCCAUCGAAGCCAAUGUCUGUGUAUGCAACAAUUUGGGAUGCAUCUUCAUGGGCCACAGAAGGAGGGAAAUACAAGGCCAAUUACAGCUACGAGCCAUUCUUGGGAACUUACACUGACUUCAUGAUCAAUGGAUGUUCUGAAGAAGAUAUGAAGUGUUGGUAUGGGUUUUUGGAUACAUUCAUUCCUUCCAAUCUGAAUGACCCUCUCAGAGAUGCCCUAAAAUUUGUACGCAACAAUUAUAUGACAUAUGAUUACUGUCAUGAUUUUCAGCGAUAUCCCAAGGGCUCCAUGCCUGAAUGCCCACCUGAAGUCAUUAAGAAUCUUGAUGAGUCCUCCAUUCUGCUAUUUGGAGGAACACAAUAUAAUAAUGCAGAAGACCAGUGACCAUGUAGACACCAAGAUGUGUAAAAGGCAGUUUCAGGGCUGGAAUUUGAUGGCCACCUUUGCCUGUCAUAUGAAAUCAUGAUCUAAUUUUUUCAUUUAG